AUGCGUAGGUUUGUGGAAUUGGUGAAUAGUUGUCGGAUUUAUGAAGAGGACAAUAUUGCUCAUUCAACUCAUUACAAGAAUCUGAACGAGAAAAGAGGAAAACAAUAUCAUUAUCGUAAGAAGCCUUACGAUGAUCCCGCUGAUAAAGGGAAGCAGAAAGUCGCUGAUGGGAAAAAGACAAGUGGGGGAGGGGCUUAUGUUAAUGUCAGAUGUUAUAGCAUCCAGUUCCAGAAGCCAAAGAAGGAUGCUAGUGCUGCUAAGACUAGUGGUAGAGUGUUUCAUUUAAAUGGAACAAAGGAUUCCAAAAAGGACAAUUUGAUUCAAGGAUUUAGUUUUUCAUAUAUGAAUGGUAGUAUGGUAAUAGAUACUCCUGCUAGUGGUUAUGUUACUACUACUUUUGUUUGUAAUGGAUGUCUUUUGACUAUCUUUGAUAAGCGUUUUGUGAUGGAUUUGGCGUGUCUACCCUUGCACCAAAUCGAUGUGAUUCUGGCUAUGAACUUGUUGGAGUUCAACUAUGUUCAUAUUUAUUUUUAUAAUAAGACGUUGAGGUUCCCCAAGUACGUUGAUAAUGGAGAACUGAUGUUGUUAACUGCUAAGCAAGUGAGUGAAUGCAUUAGAGAUGUGUUGUACCCCAAUUUUUGA